GAAAAGAAUAGUAUGAGUAGUGAGUUUCACUUUGGAAUAACCGUUUGUUCUUGGAUUUUGUUUUUGCAUAAAUAAGAGCACUGUUUUCUUCUCUAAAUCUUCGCUUGUUUGUGUUAUCAAUGGCAACCAGUCUCGCCACUGUUUCCAUCUCAGGUGGAUCUAAUCUGAAAGCACGUGAGCUUUGCUCCUCCUCUAAGUUCCAUUCAUUUGGAAAAACGCCCAGAUUGGCACUUUCUCGGAAGCCAAACACCAAUUUAUCAGUUCGUGCAGACUAUAAUGAUGGUAGUAGGGGCAGCGGUGGCGGUGAUUUUGCUGCUGGUUUUCUCAUAGGAGGCGCCAUAUUUGGAACUUUAGCUUAUGUUUUUGCUCCUCAGAUCAGAAGAUCCCUGCUCAAUGAAGACGAAUAUGGAUUUCGUAGGGCUAAGCGACCAAUUUACUAUGAUGAAGGUUUAGAGAAAACCAGGCAGACUUUGAACGCAAAAAUCAGCCAGCUGAAUAAUGCUAUCGACAAUGUCUCCUCACGUUUGCGAGGUGGAAAUAAUUCACCUAAUGUGCCUGUCGAAACUGAUCCCGAGGUAGAAGCUACCAUGUGAGAUAUGCUUGUGUUUUCUCAGAGACUACAUACCCUUUGAAGAUCAGACAUGUAACUAUCUUCUUGCCAUUUUGCUUAAUGCAGUUCUUUUAUUUUUCCUUAAUGUUUACAGUUAUUGCAACAUUAAACACUGGCCCUUUUCACUUUUGCCUCAAAACUUGAGAAUUUAUAAUGGGAAUUACUAGCCUUUAUUAGUUGCUUCUUAA